UAGCAUGACAGUGUGCGUUCAGUGAGCGCCUUGUCCGCACGCGGUUUGUUGUGGUGGUUAACAUACCUACAUAAUUAGUGCACUUAAUCCGCCAACAUUUUGUUUUCGACACGCGACAGACGUAAACAAAGAAACCUUUGCACAUUUUGAGUCACGAUCACGAUUCAACAUCGUCAAGUGGGUGAAAGACAUUGCUGUGUUGUGUUAUUUGCACCAUUCUUGCCAUCUGGAUUGACGAUGUUUCUACAGUGCUGAUGGAUGCUAUCAUAUCUUCAUAUUGUAUACCAGUAUUUACUUCUACUGAACUGUACAGUAAUGUUCUAAGAUGAUGAGGUGCAAGCAGAGGUGGUAGAGUCGCACGAGAUGAACUCUGACGUGCACCGUCACCAAGCGCACCCGCCGCUUGCUCAGCACGGUGUCCACACGGGUGCGCAGGGCGUGGGCCCUUGCGGCUGGUACUCCGCGUCGGCCGCGCCCGCGCCCACUGCGCCCGCGCGUCUCAAGCGCGCCCCGCCGCAGCAGCUGCCGUCGGGAGGUGGAGUGAGCGGUAGUAAUGGGCCACACGCGCCUCUCUCGCCCACCGCAUUGCAGAACUCAGUACAACAUAAUAACAUAAUGUCUUCGUCAGUCCGGGCGCCCGCGCCGUCGGGACAGGCACCUUCCGCGAUGCACACUUCCCAGACCUCGCCCGUGGUGAUGAGCAAAGGCGCUAGCGACGUGCUCUUGAACUCUACGACGACCCAGAAUCCGCCGCCAGCGGGCAGCAGGCUUGUCAAUAUGACACAGUGGCCCUGGCACCACGGCGCGAUAUCCCGCGAGCGCGCGGAGGCGCUUCUCUCGGGCUCUCCAGACGGCGUGUUCCUGGUGCGAGAAAGCACCAACUUCCCUGGUGACCACACGCUCUGCGUGCGGUUCCGAGGACGCGUCGAACACUACCGAGUAAAAUGGGCCACUGCACCUGAUACACAAAACCAACGUCUGACGAUCGAUGACGAGGAAUUCUUCGACACUAUGACCGAUUUAAUACACCAUUAUUUACAAGAUGCAGAUGGACUAUGCACAAAGUUGGUGCGGUGUUUACCCAAAGCGACUCCGAAUGGUGCCAAUAACAAUGGAUCUAUGCAACCCCCAUACCCACCUCAUCCGCAGCAGCCGCCGCCGUACCCGCCCACGCCGAGCGUGUCGAGCGCGCUGAGCUCGGGCCACUUCCAACACACGUACUCCACGCAGGCGCCCGCGCCCGACCAGACCGACGGCGCUCUGCAGCCGCAGAAGUUUGUGGAUGCGCGCUGGCGGAUAGAUGAACGCGAUCUCGAGAUACGAGAAAACAUCGGCAAAGGUGAAUUCGGAGAUGUCAUGCUGGGCAUACUAAACGGCACGCAGAAAGUCGCCGUCAAAAUAUUGAAGGACCGCGAGGCUGCGAGUAAAUUCCGUGCUGAAGCGAGCGUUAUGGCAUCCCUAAAGCACGAGAACCUGGUGCGUCUACUUGGGCUGGUGUUCAGCGCGAGCGGCAGCACGUGCAUCGUGACCGAGCACUGCGCGCAGGGCUCGCUGCUCGACUAUCUGCGCUCGCGCGGCCGACACUACGUCACGCAGCUCAACCAGAUCAACUUCGCCUAUGACGCAUGCUGCGGGAUGGAGUACCUAGAGCGGCAGCGUGUAGUCCACCGAGACUUGGCGGCGCGGAACGUGCUAAUCUCGCAAGAGGGAACCGCUAAGGUGGCGGACUUUGGAUUAGCGCGGCCUGACGCCGGCCAGGACGACCCGGCCGACGCGCAGCGGCUGCAAGCCAAGCUGCCCAUCAAGUGGACCGCGCCCGAAGCGCUCAAGUACAACAAAUUUUCAAACAAGUCUGACAUGUGGAGCUUCGGUAUACUUCUAUGGGAAAUAUACUCCUUCGGUAGAGUGCCAUAUCCAAGAAUCCCGCUGGCAGAGGUGGUGCGUCACGUGGAGCGCGGGUACCGCAUGGAGGCGCCGGAGGGCUGCCCGGGCGGCCCGUACGAGGUGAUGCGAGCGGCGUGGCACGCCGACCCCGCCCAGCGGCCCACCUUCGCCGCCACGCGCCUGCGCCUCGCCGCCAUCCGCACCGCCGCCCACCAGCACCAGCCGCACCAACCGCCGCCGCACCCGUGAACAUCGGUCGGGAAUGAAAUGGAUGGACUAAAUAAACCGUGAAUUAAAAACAAAUUAGUUAUGUGCUGUGAAGGUUGCGAGUUCUAUUUCCUUACUUGUCAUACAACUAAUGUAAGUACUAAAUUAUUUUAAUAAUAUGUUUAAAGACACUUCCGAUAAGGCGAAAUUCUAAUGUAGUUUAGUUGGGUAGUUCGUACAAUUGGUGUGCCGUAGAAGAAGGAGACGUGCAAUGUUCGAUGUUAUUCUAUUGCACGCUAGUACAGAGCUUUUAGCGAUAAGUCUUUUUAACAUUGUUCCUCAUUAGUAACUAUCCAAAUAUUUAUUUAGGCGAUGAGAGUUAUUAUACCAGUGAUCAAACAUCACCAAUGAAGAUUUAGUAAAUUAAAUAUUUUUAUAAACCUGCAGUAAUUAAUGAAAAUAAUAUUUUCUUGGUAAGAACCACGAUACCUAGUGUCUAUAUGAUAAGAUUUCGGAGUCUGUUUCGCUAAAAGCUCUGUAUGAUUUGGCCUAAAAUUUAUCGAAUUUUCCUUACACAUUCUCGUAAAGAUUCCACCCAAUGUGGCCAAUAGCCGUAUGUCGGUACUCUAGUACUGUCUAGUCAAAUAUACUUUUUAUUAUAACAUAAUUGUUAUUUUCAUAUUAAUUAAAAACGUAAGGUGACUGAUAAAUAUAAAGGGUCAAAAGGUUCAACUAUGCACUAAUAAUAGACGUAUUGUAUUACUACACAGUUAGUGCUAGAAAUGGUCAUAUAAUAUUAGCACAAUGAUGCAGAUACUAUAAACAACUUCUAGCAGCUAUUUAUGACGGUAAAGUGAGCACAAACCCGAAACAGAUUGUACGGAGUUGUAAAUAAAUUGAUGCAUUUGCCUUGUGUGGCAAAUUAUUGUUGCAUGUUAGAUACAUGUCUUUAAUCCUAGUUGCAUGUGAUUCAUGUACAACUCCGUAUGCGAUUCACCUAUAGCUAUAUCAAAUAAAUUCAAUUAGGCCCACCUUUGCCCAAAAACUACAAUCGGAACGUUAUAAAUUAAAAAGUGAUCAUCCAACCCACCAUGGUUGUGUGGCUGCAGCUGAUUCUGAGCGAGUCAAUCAUUCCUCAUAACAUUAGCAUCAAAGUCUGAUAUAGUUUAAAAUCUUCAAUGCAUUUUUAGCUAAUCUGCAUUAGAGUAAAAAUGAGAAAUAUACAUUUUGUGCUCCAGUUUAUAUGCGACUAGCCAUAAAUGAAAGAAAAAGUUGCAAAUAUGCCAACUUUCAGGUUGUGUGCUAUUAUAAAUUUAGAAAGUAGCUAAAUGCCAGUUACUUUUGGAAUAUUCUAAAAUAUAAAUUAGGUAAUGGAGUUAAUUUAUGGAUGUUUUAAAAUAAUGAAUGUG